UGGAGGAUCCCUCAGAUAACUUUGUACGGUUGCGAGACUUUGUUGACUCCAAAAAUUGCUUGAAGAUGGACUCGUUCCAGCCAUCAAAGCUGACUGAAGGAUUCACUGAAGCCAUGGCUAAAGAAGCCCAAGAGAAGUUAAAGCUGAAUAAAAAACAAGUUAGACGUGUGUAUGAGAUCCUCAGACUUCACAUAACAAACCGAUCAGAUAAAGAAUCUUACAGAAGAUACAGAUUGGAAGUUAAGAACCGGCUUAAUGUUCAGUACCAGAAAGAAGAUAGAGACAUGGAGAAGCUGAAAAAGAUACUGAAGCCAGAAGAAUACCAAGCCACAAUGACCAUCACUAGCAAAGAACAGCGCCUGGAGAGUUUGGAACGCCAAUAUAAUGAUCUGGAGGAACACUACUUACAUGUUCUGGAGCGUCUGGCAGCUACCAAUUUGUCUUGACCAAUUUAAGGAUAGCAACAAACCUUGACUAAUUGUGUGGUCAUGGUUUAUUUUACUGAAAAUUAAUGAAUAGUAUUUGGAAGAAGCAACAGCUCAUACACUUCUUGUGUGUAACCAGUUUGCUUGAAAGAAUUUGGAUGGCAUUGUGCAUUUCUGGCAAAUAAAAAUACUUUUUUCCCCCCAAACAAUAAAGCAUUUGUUUGCUGCACCUUUGUCACUUAAUUCAGUAAUAUUUUUAUAAUUUCAGGCAGCAACUUGUAUUAUCAUAAAUGACAAAAUUUUGUCAUAACUUACUCUGAAAAAUAAAUUGUUACACCAUUUGUCAUUUUAUUAAUGGAUCUCUUAAGCUUUACCAGUAAAGUUUAUAAAAAUGUAAUCUAACAUAAAUAGAAUUGGUAUUGUCCUGUGACUGUGAAAUGCCAGAUGUUGCAAAGCAAUAGUUAACAUAAAUGCAUGCACUCACACAUGUAUGUGUGUGUGUUUGUUUUAUAUAUAUGCAUGUAUAUAUUUAUAUGUAUAUGAAUGUGUAUAUAUAUAGAUGUAUAUAUAUGUGUAUAUAUAAAGAAAACAUGAAUAAAAAACAAAUACUCGGUUUCGUAAUCUGAUGAUCUUGCUUGUAUUACAGUUAGAACAUGCAAUGAAUUCAAAUAUAGAAUAAGCAGAGAGAUAAUUUAAUCCAGAAACUGUUGCUUUAGAGUCAGGUUUGAAACAAGUUUAACACUGAUGUUUAUCAUCCUAUUGAAGGGACAGCUUAUGCCAGAAAAUAUCUAUCACUGUGACCAAGUUUCUAAUACAAGAAUUCUGUAAUAUCCAUAAGAGGUCCAAUACAUUUGCAUUUGAUUUCAAUGAUAAUGGAAUUAUUGUCAUGUGUAUUCUUAAUGAUUAAAAGUAGAAAAUGUUGAGCUCAAUUAUAUAUAUUCUUUGUGUGACCCCAAAGUGUCAGUAUCCUCUUUUAAGUAAUUUUUUCCCAACAUUUCUAUAAUCGACCUCAAGCUAUUGUUGUCAUAUCCUUCUGCCAUUCCUGGUCCUUCUUCCAACCAGUGUGGCAUUAAGCCUGGAUGGAACCCUGCCAAAUAGAAUCAGGAAGUAAGUCUGUUUGCCUUAACAAUAUUUAAUGUUUGGUUGAUGAAGUACAAAAAAUACAGAGUAUGGAAUUGUAGUUUACAGCAGUCUGUAUAGUUUUCAGAAGAGAAUUAUAUAUUGCCAUGUUAAUAUUUAGUGCUGUAGUUGGUAGAGAUAUUAUUGAUGUGGUUACAAAGGUCCAAAUGUGUAGAAGGCUGUGGAAGCUUGGAAAUCCCUAAGAGUUGGCAAAGGUUAUCUUAUUGGAUAGUUACAUAUAGAAGGCAGAUGAGAUAAGAUUCAUUGUUGCAAUAAAGGUUUUGAGGUUUCUAGAGCUUGUGUGGAAACUCUACUUGCAUUAAAUUUGCAGUUGAAAAAAAUAUAUAUAUUGUCCUAUUUUAAGCAUCUAUUGUUUAUUUACUUUUUAUUGAUCCUUAGAACUAAUGUCCUUUAACUGAAAUUUAUAGUGGCAACACCUACCUCCACUUGAUGUACUGUAGCCUAGUUGGUUUUCACUUGUUGCUGGAUACUGCUCUGCAGAAUGGAAAUGCUUUGUUUCAGUCAUAUCAUGAGAAGGGCAUCGGGUCUCAGGGUUUUCCUUGUUCUGAUUCUACUUCUGGUCUGGCCACUGAGCAGAUAGUUUUUUAAUGCAGUUUACCCAGUUGAAUAUAAUGAGAAUAUGAAGUGGAAUUGUCCUCUCUGCUGUUGUGUCCAGAAAGGUCUAAAACUUUAUUUUGGUAAAUCAGUGUAAAAUACAGUAACCAUUAAUCAUUAGUGUGAAAGCUAACAAAGGUUGUAUAUGAAUACAGUGAUUAAGGUAAUUCAGUAGAAAUAAUGGAUGCUCAUUAAAGUAGUUUUGUCAUUUCAUAAUGAGACAGGGAUAAAGGCAGGCAGAACACAUUAUGGUUAUUUUUGUGAGUUGAAGAAGAUUAACAAUGUUUUUUAUGCUAAUUGUUCAAGAUGAAUAUUUAAUAUUUUGAUGUUUCAUUGAAAAAUAUGUAGGCAUUGUAUUUAGAUGGUAAAUUUAAUGUUCAUAGCAAAAGAGUAAUUUAUCUGUCUUCAUAAUGUGCACAGCAUUCACAAUUUUGUACUAGUUACUUCAAUUGAAACUUUACAAGAUCAUUUGCAUAUAAUAUUAGAUCAAUAUAAAGCAUAUUGACA